CCGUUGCGAAAUCAAGCACGUAUGUUGUCAUUUUCGCAACGACCCGUUGUUAUAUUUUUCAACAACGGCUGUUGGUGAAUUGUGCACGAACGUGCUCAAAUUGACACCGAGACGUGGUCAACUUUCGGUACCAACAACAGCCGUGCUUAAUUUGUCCAUUUGUAAUAUUGGUAAUUGCAGCCGAUUACACACGAGUAAAAAAUGACAACGGUGGUGCAUGAUUCACACACGGUCGUUGUCAAUAUGACACCGGUCGUGUAUGAAUUAUGCACCACCACCUGCAUAAUGAUGCACCACCGUUGUUACUUUGUACACCGACGUGCAUGAAUCGUACACGAUCGUUGCCAUUUUAGCAACUACCGUGUAUGAAUCAUGCACCACCGUUGUCAUUUUUUUUACUCGUGUGCAAUCGGCUGCAUAUUUACCAUUUUUUCCGUGUUAUUGAAAGAGAAAGGACGCAUUGUGCAAAAAAUUUAUUGAAAAUGAAUAAUAAUUCGCAAGAUCCUCAAAAUAUCAUUGGUGAGUUGUUAGAAAUCGAUGGCAAUAUUGUUGUGGUUCGCGAUACAAACCAUUGCAGCAGUCAAGAUGCGGAAAACAAUGAGGACGAUUAUAUGUUAAGGGAGUUCUUAAAAGGAAUAAAUAUGGAGUCGCUUUUUGAACAAUUAAAAGCAUCACAUGUAACAUUUCGCAGCUUGCAGUACUUGAAAAAAGAAGAUUUAAAGGAAGCAGUGCCACCAUUGGGACUGCGUGUUGAAUUCAGAGAAAAGCUCUUUGCUUGGAAAAAACGAAAGCUCGGGAUUGAUGACGAAACUAUGUCAGUUCCAUCUAAAAUAGGUGAAUGGUGGAAACGCAACGAGACACCUGCAAGUACUCCUGGUACUCCCGACACUACAGGUUCGAACUGCUCAAAAGCCAAAGGAAUUUUGUCAGAGGAUCUAACGGAAUUGUUAACACAUACCUCGAAGGGGAAACUAGCGCUUGAAUGUAGUAGCGUUAAUAAGAAAUUAAGUGACGAGCAAAGAGAUGAUAUAAUUAAUAUAAUUAUUGAAGAUAUUUUAACCAACAAUGUUACUCUUUACACUCAAGACUAUAUGCGCAUAUUGGAUGAAAUUUGUUCCGUUUUUCCUCUUGAAAACGAAAUGAGGGAUUAUUAUUACAUUUCAAGAAAAGGAAAGAACAACGCAAGCGGAAAACUUUAUGCCAAGUAUAGAAACAAGAAGUCCAAAAGAAUAAAGCUUUUGAUUUCCGAGCCUAGCACAAGCAAAGCAGCAACUCACACAUCUCCUAAUUUUUGUAACAAAGAUGUUCCCGAAAUUGAUGAAUCAGUUGAAAAUUCAUUGAAAGCUUCCUUACUAAGAGAAUGUAAUGAUUGGGGAUCGAUCUGCGAAAAAUGGAAAAGAUCUUUUAACAUACGGCAAAGAGAUAUAAAAAAUUUAAGUAGCCAUACAUUUCUCCUUGAAUGGACGAAGUUGUCCGAUGCAAGAGCUUCAGAAUUGGUCAACAUUGAUUUCGAUAUUAUGUAUCCACAGAAAGGCAAUCUUCUACUUUCUAAAUGGGACCAAUUUAAGAAAAAAAUUUACAAUUAUUAUGGGAAAAAUAUUCAUAACGAACAUUGCAAACAACUCUUCGCAAAUGUUUUGACGGCAAGCAGCAUAGAUGCUCAAGAUUAUAUAUACGCAAUACUGUUGAAUUCAGUUUUACCAUCACCUGCUAGGUUUAAAUGUGGAAACGGUAAAUUACGAAAAAAAGUAACAAUAGCUGAUUCGCAGGAAAGUUUCGUACUGCGACUACCGACAAUUAACGAUUAUAAAAGGCAAAUUGAUACAGUCACUGAAAAGUAUUACAAUGCUGGAUUAACUAUACAGCCAUUUAUAAUUGUGGAGGGUUUGUCCGAUUUCAAUAUAAAAGGUUUUUAUGUUUUUUUUAACCACAAUUUGUUAAAAUUUCAAUCGUUCCUCGAAUGUUUAGAUACAUGUUUUAAAAUUUUUCAUGCACUUUCUUUAAAAUAUCCAAAUGCCUGCCAAAUUCCAUGGAUUUUUAUCCAAAAAUAUUUUUAUGAAAUUAAUACUGUAUAUGAUAUAAAAUCAGUUAAUUUGACUUCACUUAUUAAUUUCUGCAACAAUAAUUAAAGUACAAUUCAAAAUGUAUAUUUGCUUUCGUUGCCGUAAGCAUUUUGAUAAGGCAAAUCUUUUAAUAGCUCAUUUGAAAACAGACCAUUUAAUGUCCACUAAAUUUUUAAAAGUACAAUGCGUUCAGGACAACUGUAAGCAAACAUUUACAAAAUUUACGUCAUUCAGAAUUCAUUUAGAAAAACUUCACAAGAAUCACACAAAAGCUCCACCAAUGGUUAAAGCCAUUAAUGUGCCAGUUGAAAUGUCAUCAUCAAAAGAAAAUGAUUA